AUGGCAGCACCGGUACUGCUCGUGCGACGUCCAUCACCUGAACUGGCCAAAGGCUUGCUCACACACAUCAGCGAUGAUCGAGCAUCGCUAUCCAAUGGGCUAGCUUCGCAGCAGUGGCAGGAGUACACUGACGUCUUUCGAGCGCAUGGCUGGGACGUUCGAGAGGUACAAGCAGCGGACGAGUGCCCGGAUGGAGUUUUCAUCGAGGACGCCCUACUAUGGCUGACCGAUUUCAGUGAGAAGGCGGAUCAAGGCGCUGCAAUCAUCCUCACGAACACGCCUGCACCAUCCCGCGCCAAGGAGCUCUCUACGGCACAAGCUUGCGCAAAGACGAUCGCUACUGCCCAUGGUGCCAAGCUGUACAGCCUGAAAGAGAUUGGAGGAAGCGAAGCUCACCUCGAGGGUGGAGACGUGCUCAAAGUUGGACGCGUUGUCUACGUCAACUCUGGUGGUCAUCGGACAAACGAGGCGGGGAUUUGUGCGCUGAGAAGUAUUGCAGAGCCUAUAGGAUAUUCCGUCGUCGGCAUUCCGAUUCAAGGUGCUUUGCAUCUCAGUGAGUAGGGCCGCAUACACCUCAGCUAGACGCUAGCAGCCUGUUCACGUCCAUCCUUGGGAUCGUGCAGAGAGUGCAGUGACGGCACUGCCUGAUGGCACCGUCAUCGGUCACAUGCCUGGCUUGCAAGCGUUCUUCAAGCCAUAUCUGCAAGUCCCGGAGGUGCGUUCGAUGCUUGUAAGGUCCGAGUCGUGAUUUGCACACUUGGAAUGUCCUCACCUCGUGUCUGUCUCCAACGCAGCCCGAAGGGGUGGCUGUGGUGCAUCUGAGACCUUACGAGGCGCUCGCAAGUGCGCACGACGACCAAGCGGAGGCUCAUUUGGUCAUGUCUUCGUCAGCGCCGAGGACCACAGCGCUGCUGGAAAGCUUGGGGUGGAAAGUGACCACGACAGAUGUGACCGAGUUCGAGGUGAGAUAG